UGCUCUCGUACAUCGGCUCGAGAACAAGGCACCUGGGUGCAUCCGAUUACACGAUUCGCAUACUAAUCGCCCGUGCGCUACUACGGCGGCCGGUGGACCCCCUUCCUCCUCCUCCUCCUCCUCUCAGUGCCAGUCCGUCACGGUACUGCGCGUAAUAUGUCCUCGGUCCCAGUGGUGGCCAUGGCCCAUCGCGGCGUCUACCAUUUCUUCCAGCCAUUGUGCCAGUACAGGCUGCCGCUUACGCUAGGCUAAGCUAAGGUGCUAUCUGAUCCAUGCACGGCGAUACGCAUGUACUUAUCAGCUUCCUGGCUCGACCCCCUAUGCCCUUCCAGUUCUCUUGACGGGUGGGGACUCGGAGAGGCGCUAGAAUCGGCCUCAUGGUCUUCAAACUUUGCAUGACAUUGGUGAGAGCGGGACUGACAUGCGCCUCGGCGACAGGGGCCCGUCGCGCCAGCCCUCGCUCAUCGUAUGACAGAGCAUCUAGACGAUGUCAUUGUGUGCUGCAAUUUAUCACAGCAGAAUGGACGGCGUUAUUGACCCCAUCAUGGUGGAUGUUCUCAGACGGUCAUUGCAGCGUAUGCGACACCGAGGUACUCGGCGCUUCGACGAUGUAAGCAGAUACCUGCCGCAGUGUCUGAACACUACAUGAGUGUACCGCCGUUCCUGCCGUCA